UGCCAGGACCCCUCCGUGUAUUUUUGGAUUUUUUUUUUUUCACCUCGCUACUGACUUAACUUCCUGGGUGGGGGUACCGAGGAGAGAACAAACAGCGCAUCACCGAGGGACACAAAAGGCGGCCGAGAGCAGCGAAUUCCUCGUCAGGAGCCGCACAUCCAGACGCUCCCAUGGCGCAGGGGGAGAGCCAAGUCCCUCGCUUGUGUCGGCACCACGUCCCCAAGGAUAUCGUCUGCUUGGAGUACAGAGCCCUGAAGUACAGAUAACGCAGCCGCCCUGGACAGGUAGACAAUGAUUCCCAUUACUGAACUGCGGUACUUCGCUGACACCCAGCCAGCAUACCGAAUCCUCAAGCCAUGGUGGGAUGUCUUCACCGACUAUAUCUCUAUCGUCAUGCUUAUGAUCGCAGUCUUUGGCGGAACUCUGCAGGUCACCCAAGACAAGAUGAUCUGCCUGCCGUGCAAGUGGGUCGUGAACAAGACGUGUGACGAUACCGUGAGGCUGCCGGCAGAUCAGUUCCCCAACUCCACGGUGCCAACUGGCUCUCCGUUUCCAGAGCCUAAAGGGAUUAAGUACGACCUUGAUCGGCAUCAGUAUAAUUAUGUGGAUGCCGUGUGCUACGAGAACAAGCUGCACUGGUUUGCCAAAUACUUCCCUUACUUAGUUUUGUUGCACACACUCAUCUUCCUGGCAUGCAGCAACUUCUGGUUCAAGUUCCCCAGGACUAGCUCCAAGCUUGAGCACUUUGUGUCCAUCCUCCUGAAGUGCUUUGACUCUCCCUGGACCUCGCGUGCUUUGUCAGAGACUGUAGUGGAGGAGAGUGACCCAAAGCCGGCCUUUGGGAAGAUGAAUGGCUCGAUGGACAAAAAGGCCUCGUCUGUCAGUGAGGAUGUGGAAGCCACUGUCCCUAUGCUCCAGAGGACUAAGUCUCGGAUUGAGCAAGGCAUUGUAGACCGUUCAGAGACUGGCGUCUUAGACAAAAAGGAAGGAGAACAGGCCAAAGCCCUUUUUGAGAAAGUCAAGAAGUUCCGCACUCACGUGGAAGAGGGUGACAUUGUCUAUCGACUGUACAUCAGGCAGACCAUUAUUAAAGUGAUCAAGUUCAUAUUGAUCAUUUGCUACACGGGCUACUAUGUCAACAACAUCAAGUUUGAUGUAGACUGCAGUGUGGACAUUGAGAACCUCACGGGUUACCGCAUGUACCGCUGUGCCCACCCAUUGGCCACCCUUUUCAAAAUCUUGGCCUCCUUCUAUAUUAGCCUGGUUGUGGUCUAUGGCUUGAUCUGCAUGUACACCUUGUGCUGGAUGCUCCGUCGCUCACUCAAGAAGUACUCUUUUGAGUCCAUCCGAGAAGAGAGCAGCUACAGUGACAUCCCUGAUGUGAAGAAUGACUUUGCUUUCAUGCUGCAUAUGAUAGACCAGUAUGACCCUCUCUACUCCAAACGCUUUGCCAUUUUCCUCUCGGAGGUCAGCGAGAACAAACUGCGGCAGCUGAAUCUCAACAACGAAUGGACGCUGGAUAAGCUACGACAGAGGAUUACUAAGAAUGCCCAAGAGAAGCUAGAACUUCACCUCUUCAUGCUAAGUGGGAUUCCCGAUACUGUGUUUGACCUCCUUGAGCUUGAGGUCCUAAAGCUGGAGCUCAUUCCAGACGUUACCAUCCCACCUACAAUUGCCCAACUGUCAAACCUCAAGGAGCUUUGGCUUUAUCACACUCCGGCCAAAAUUGAGGCUCCAGCUCUUGCCUUUCUGAGGGAGAACCUCCGGUCUUUGCAUAUCAAGUUCACGGACAUAAAAGAAAUUCCCCUGUGGAUUUACAGCUUGAAGAACCUGAUGGAGCUCCACCUGACCGGGAACCUGAGCGCUGACAACAACCGCUACAUUGUCAUCGAUGGCUUGCGAGAACUGAAGAGACUGAAGGUCUUAAGGUUGAAGAGCAACUUGACCAAGCUGCCUCAGGUUGUGACCGACGUCGGCGUUCACUUGCAGAAGCUAUCCAUUAACAACGAGGGCACAAAACUCAUGGUCCUCAACAGUCUGAAGAAGAUGGUUAACUUGACUGAGCUGGAACUCAUUCGUUGCGACCUGGAGCGAAUCCCUCACUCAAUAUUCAGCCUUCACAACCUCCAGGAGAUUGACCUGAAAGACAACAAUCUGAAGACCAUUGAAGAGAUCAUCAGCUUCCAGCACCUCCACCGACUUGUAUGCCUUAAACUCUGGUACAACCAAAUUGCCUACAUACCCAUCCAGAUUGGCACACUCACCAACCUGGAGCGGCUUUAUCUGAACCGGAACAAGAUUGACAAGAUUCCUAGCCAGCUCUUCUUCUGUCGCAAGCUGCGCUACCUGGACCUAAGCCACAAUAAUCUCACCUCGAUCCCAGCUGACAUUGGUUUCCUGCAGAACCUUCAGUAUUUUGCUGUCACGGCGAACCGAAUCGAGGCCCUGCCACCCGAGCUGUUCCAGUGUAAAAAGCUGCGGACCCUCAACCUGGGGAAUAACUGCCUUCAGUCUCUUCCGUCUCGUUUUGGGGAGCUCACCAACCUCAUGCAGCUUGAGCUGAGGGGGAACCGGCUGGAGUGUCUCCCGGUCGAGCUCGGCGAGUGUCGCUUGCUCAAGCGCAGCGGCGUCAUCGUCGAGGAGGACCUGUUCAACACUCUACCCUCAGAGGUCAAGGAGCAACUGUGGCGGGCAGACAAGGAGCAAGCCUGAGCCAGAGGCCGGAUGGGGUGGGAGGAAAGGAGCAAUAAAAUGA